AGGUCAUGUGCGCAAGGCGUUUUCAUAUUUAGGGCAAAAUGGCGUAAUGGUCGUCUGAAGGAAGAUCCUCAAUGUGCUUGUGGACUACUCGGACUCCUAAUGCGACUUGACUAAGUGCAGUACGGUACAGCAUACUGAGGGGUGUAUACAUCCACGAUGUAUUUCGCGAGAAAGGGGUAACUGUUCGUUUCUAGGCAGUUGCUCUGGGGGAUUUCUGUAUAUUUAACACUAUUUUUGGGAGGUGGGAAGAGGAAGAAUGAAAGAGGUCUUCCAUCAGAGCGGUCGUAAACAUGAACGGUGCCCUGUACAUUUCGUUUUUCCAAGGUCAGCUGGAGUCCGCACUGGAGCAGGUAGUGCAGCUCGCCGUUCAGGAAAUCACCAAGACUGUUGGGGCCACUUUGAAUUCAAUGCUGUUGGAAACGGCCACCAAAGAGCAAGAAAAUCAGCGUUUAAGGGCGACCCUUAAGUCUCGUGGAGGGAACGCGAAAAGCAAGGCGUCUAAGGGAAAAACAGACGGGAACGAUGAAACAAAGCAACACACCCCCAGUCAGAGCCAUGAAUGUGGCGUUCACUCUGAAACGCUCAGGCGUGAACAGAAAGCGAGAGCAGUUGGUCAGUUAAAAUCUGUUAUGGAACACGUGCUGGAAUUCGCCGUUUGCGAGCUGACUAAAAUCGUGGAAGACAGCUUUGACGACCUGCUCUCGGAGUUCACCAAGAAGGAGCGGGAAAACCUGUUAUUGAGAGAGCAGUUACAGGACAAGAACAUAGUGGAGGACAAUGAUAUGGUUGCUGUGGAAAUGGAGGACCGUGAAAAUGACUCUGCCUCUCCUAGCAGUUCCAAAACGGAAAUGCAAGAGUCAAAAGGCCUGCAGGACAAGUCACCCAAAACAGAGUGGGGAAAGGAGCAAACGGAAACCAUAAAUGAACCAGACAAGCAGACUGUCAUUUCAGUGGCUCAGGACUGGGUGCCCAUCCUGGACAAAGUUUUCGGGCAGAAGUGGUGCAGUGACCUCUGGCAGAUCAAAGAGGUCACCACCAGUAAAGAGGAGUGCACCGGGCUGAGCUCAGGUCCGAUGACAGACAUGGACAGCCUAAUUCGAGAGACGCUCAUGCCGUCUUGCUUGGCCACUCAGAGGAAGCUGGAGCUUGAGGUGGGGCAUCCGCCCUGGUUGCAGGUAGACGAUAUGGAGGUCGUUUCUCUAUCCUCAGAGACGCAAAGCAUUCCUGUCAUCAGCUCCACAGGCGACGACUCUCAAAUCAGAUCCCCGUCGAUGUUGCAAAGGCUCCUGACGCUCCCUUCACAGCUGCUCGAGGAUGACGAAGAGUCCAUGGAUGCUGUUCCCAGUCAGGAAGUGUCCACAGACCAGGCUGAUUCGCAAGUGGACAAAGGUUCAAAGGGUAACCAGACGAAUAAGAAAAAGGACGAAGAGGAUGAAGAGGAGGAAGACGACGAAGAUGACGACGAGACGACAGACAGGUGCGAGUCCUCAAAACACAAAGGUAGGAGGAAAUCCCAUGCUUGCAAAGAGUGCGGCAGGAAGUUCAGUCGAGCGCAUCUUCUCAGAGCCCACCGACAAACGCACGAGGAGACGCCCAACCGAUGCCCGCAAUGUGGAAAGAGUUUCGCCCAGGCUUCAAGGCUCCAGGCUCACUUACGGACGCACACGGACAAAACAAUAUGAGAGGGUGUAAAUGGAAGAAAAAUUUGUGAGGUUUUCCAUUGUUGCAUUUCGAAGCAAGUCCAACUUUCAAGUUCAUUUCAAGUACUGGUGAAGGAAAUGCAAGAAGCGUGUAGCCUUUUUUGCUAGUUUGAAGGUACACUGAGGUAAACGGAUGAGUCAUCCGACACAAUUUAAGAUGUUUUUACCUUCAUUACGUUUCCCUAAUUUUAGGGAUUAUUGGAAGAAACAAAUACCAGUAACAACAAGCUGUGUACGCAGUGUAAAUAUCAAAGUAGGGCUGUAUAGACCAUCACAAUAAUGAUCGAAGAAUUUCCUUUUUCCAUUGGGUGUUUUUUCAUAACACAAGUUUUAAAUGAUCUUUGUAAAUAUUUUAAACACAUUACAUGAAGAUGUCGUGGAAAAGGAGGUCCCUAGUUGAUAGGUCCCUUGCAGCAUGCUGGUCUUGUUUCUUUUUACAACCUUUUGAAUGUGAUCAAACAAACCAGAGAUGGCGUAACAUGUCUCCUGCGAUCAAAUUGACCAUUUUUUCAUAUGUCCUUACUGACUUAUACUCAACAUGAAAUACCUCUUAUGUUCAGAUGUCAUACUGGAUUUUUAUAUAAUUAAAGUCUCAACUUACGUGUCCAAUUCUAGAUGUUUCCUUCAACCUUUUGCCGUGGAUCGAGGAUGGGUUACAGUUUUCGACUUGAACUUGCACGCUUGUCGUCGAUCGCAUGACGCGCACAACCAAGGAUAUCUUCAAGAGGCGAGGAGUCUGAGGAGGAGAUGACAAGAAAAAUGCAUCGAAAUGGUUAUUGGAAAGAAACUUGAAGCUCUCAACUGUUCAUAUUCUCGUUUCAGUGACUUUUAAAGAGGAUCUGACUUCCUUAGCAUCCUCAACUAGGGUAGCGUCUUCCUGUACUGUUUGGGUGAAGUGUUCGCAUGGCUCUACAUCUUGAACUUUGGAGAAAUGUUCAGUUGCUGGUCGUGAGAUUUGGUUUUGUGGCAUAAAACCCAAUCUGAUCUGAAUAUGGAGUCUUCCUUUUGGAAGUUAUCUACCAUUUCCAGAAAGGCAGACGGAUCCUGCACCCUAUAUCAAAGGGAUCACUAACAACGGAGUUCCACCUGUUACGCACAUUCCCAUUCUCAAUGCUGAAGUUUUACAAUAUCUCUGUCAGUAAUAAGCAUGAUGGGGAGGAAAAAAAAGUACAAGGUGUUACUGUUUGUUCUUGGAUCAAUACCUCAUCAAUUUGACCAUAUCUUUUGGGACUUCUGCAAUAUCAGGAGUUAAGGUCCUGCUAAAAAAAUAAAUAAAUAAAAUAAAAAAACGUUUACAAAUAGAACGGGACCGGCCAGUUGGCCUGCUUAUUAUUUGAUUGUGCAUUUUAAAAUGUGUUUUAUUUUAUUUUAUGCUACCUAGUAUGUCCCUGUAGGAAGGUACCAAGAAUUUGCGACCCAAAGAUUAAAAUGAAGGGAAACCAUACAUACUUUUGCGACCAUACAGAUUUUUUUUUUACAAUAUAGGCCAUUACUUUUUACUUUAUGAACCCCAAGCUUCUUUUCAGAUGUAUUGAGUAUCUUAACUUCAUUAGUAGACCGUAAUGAAGUGCAUCAUCUGUUUAGUGCCUAGAUUUAACCGUUCAAUAAGCUGAUUUUGUAGGUGUUGGUAAGGAUUGAGAGGUUAAUUUGUUGUUUAGCACCCAGCCUUUUUUAAAAACUUCCUUCUUUUUUGUGCUUAGUGCUUUCACCAGAACAGUCAGCUGUAGAUAUUGUACUAGUUCUCUUUAAUUAUGUUACGGCUAGUCAGUUCUGACCUAUGUGUAAUUGCAUAUGUUAAAAAAACUAAGUAUGUUUCAUCGAUUCAGACUGCCAGGAGAAAUACUGGAAAGGGACAAUUCACCCCAAAACUUAAAACAAUUAAAAUAUAAUGACAGAAUUUUCAUUUUGACUUAAUCUCUUUAAAAGGAUAAUUAACCUACACUUUUAAAAAAAUGCUGGGUAAAAAGCUAUCAUUUUUGGGUUAUUUGGCAACCCAGCGCUCAGUAAAUAUUGGACAGAACACAUGCUGGGUUAUUUACAUAUAUACAUACAUUAACCCAUGUGCUGGGUUAAUUAACCCAUUAAAGGUUUUUCCUUUGAAAUAAUAAAAAUGUACUCUAAAAUCAACCAUUCAGUAACGGUUUUAGGAUUAAUGACCACUGACCACAGAAUGACCACUGACAAAUGUAACCAGUUUUAACUGGUUGGGCACAGACUACCCAACAUUGGGUUACACUGACCUAGUGCUGAGUAGGUGUGUGAGGGGGUUCAUCAUUUGCAUUGACAGUAAAAAUGACUCAGCAGCUAAGUUACAGAAAAACUACCCAGUUUUGGGAAACCCCCCGCCUGGGAAAUAAUAAUAACCCAAUAAAAUUACUCAACAGGCUGAACCCUGCAUUUGGGUUAUAAAAAAAAAAAUAACCCAGCAUUUUGUUAGCAUUCAGAAAACCUACCCCAGCACCUGGCUAAACAUAUUCAAAAUAACCAAAUAAAAUGACCCGACAGGCUGAACCCAGCUUUGUUUUAGCAUCCAGAAGAACUACCUAGCACCUGGGUAAAAAAUAUUAAAAAUGACCUGAAAAAAUGGCUGAAACCAGCAUUUGGGUUAAAAAAGAAAAAAAACAGCAUUUUUAGUGUCCAGAAAAACUACCCAGCACCUGGAUAAAAAUAUUAAAAAUAAUCAACUAAAACGAGCCAACAAGCUGAACCCAGCAUUUUAUUUAUUUAUUUUUUUUUUAAGAGUGAAGCUAACCUUUGCUCAUCCUCAAGUUCUUGUUGAACACAAAAGAAGAUAUUUUGAUAAAUGUUGGCAACCAAACAGUUGCCGGGAGCCAUUUACCUCCAUAGUAUGGAAAAAAUACCAUACCAGCAGCUGUUUGGUUACCAGAAUUCUUCAAAAUGUCAUCUUUUCUGUUCAUACAGAUUUAGAACAACAUGACAGUGAGUAUGUAAUGACACAAUUUUCAUUUUUAUUUUUUGGUGAACUAUCACUUUAAGCAAAUUACAGCUUAUUACAGUUGAUAAUUCCAAAUAGACUAAACAGGAACUGCUAAUAUUAUUAGGAGUAACAAUAUUAUGGUACAUUUUCAUUUGUUUUGGGUUACAAAAAGCAAUUUAAAUGAAUAUUGAAGGACUUGAAUUUUGCCUUUGGCUUAAUGCAGUUAAACACCCCUAUUUAUGACCAUGAAUUAUAGAAACUUAGCAUGUAAAAUCGCUUCGGGCCACAGAUAUUUAUUCAGUUAGUACUGGCGAAUGUGAGAUGCAGUCUCUUGUAAAAACGGCAUUGCAACUUUGUGCGGUAUGUUUGUUUGCGUGUGCGCGUCUGCAGCCACUGACUUCCCUUGAAGGGCAUCAUGAUAACUCAGUUGACCGGCAUUAAUACCCUGCACUUGUUAUGUUAUUAUUUUGUAAACUUUUUUUUAUGAAGCAAAAUGAACUGCAACUUUCUGCCAAACAGUCCGAAACAUGAGCUUUGUGAUGCAGUCCAACAUUCGCCCAGAGAACUGCAUUGUUGUAAUGAACUACUUGAGCAUUUUGGUGUUUUGUUUUGUUAUGCAUGAUGAUUCCUUUUAGCGGUUUUGUUACUUUUUUUUUAAGAAUCUUUAUUGCUGUGUUGACAACAGUAACAGACCAAUUGGAUCAACUCUUUUCCAUGGAUUGUGGUUAUUAGUUUUAUGUUACAGCGUACUAGCUCUGAGUAGAUUAUAGCAGUUCAGCAUUUGACCAAUAAAUGCCAAGUAUUACUUUUGUAUCUUUUCUUUCCUUUUUAUUUUUUAUUCCAGUAUAUAUUUUGCACUGUUUACCUGUUACUCCAUACAUCCAUACCUCAUUUUUGUUGGUAGUCUGAAUGCAUUGCUCAGCUCAUUACCUCAGGACUCGUUCACAUAGUUUUAGCAUAUUUAUGGCGAAAGCAAAUACAAGAACUCUGUUAAAUUUAGGUUUACAUUUGUAAUAUUUUUUAUUAUUAUUGAAAUAGCCAUCUCUAAAUUGGGGGGGAAAAUAAGUGAUAGGGUGAUUAAUGAAAACUUUCUAUUUAAUUCAUGUUGUUAACUUACAGAAAAUGCACAGUGUGAUCCAGGUAAUUAUGAACCACAUACAACAAAAAAAUCAAUUUUUCCUUUCAAUGUUGCACAAAAUCUGGUCAACUCUAUAGGGAAGUUGUGUGUUUUUUUUAAAUCUCCUAGGAAUGCCUGUUGUUGUAACCAGCAUUUAAUUUUUACUCCUUUUCGAAAAAAAUGAUUUGACCUAUCACUGAAUUGUCUUUUAAUGUGACUGGAAGUAGUUGUACAUUUGAAUUAUGGCAAUACAUUAAAAAGGUGGAAUAUUGCAUCAGUUA